GUAUGUUAGUUAAAUAAUCAUGCCACAAGCUUAUUUGUUACUACAAAGCUAAGUACUUUAGCAAUAUUAGGAACAUAGUACUAAAAUAAAUUAGCAACCGCGUACAAAUAGAGGCUGACUUGCAAUUUAAGCGUCGGCUGGAAAAGGACUGGAGACACUGAAAUAUGGGAAACUGUCUCAAGUCUCCAACAUCAGACGACAUCUCUCUGCUUCAUGAAUCCCAGUCUGACAGGGCGAGUUUUGGUGACGGGACAGACCCAGACCUGGAGCCGCCUCCUCCGUAUCAGGAGCAGACUCACAUGCCCAUGUACCACCCUACACCCAGUCAGGCCCGUCUGGCCACUCAGCUGACAGAGGAGGAGCAGAUCCGCAUAGCUCAGCGCAUCGGCCUCAUUCAGCACCUCCCUAAGGGCGUUUAUGAUAGAGGACCAGACGGCUCGGAGAAGAAGAUCAGAGAAUGCGUGAUCUGUAUGCUGGACUUUGUUUAUGGAGACCCCAUUCGGUUUUUGCCAUGUAUGCACAUCUACCACAUGGACUGUAUAGACGACUGGCUGAUGAGGUCCUUCACCUGCCCCUCCUGCAUGGAGCCCGUGGAUGCUGCCCUGCUGUCCACCUACGGACCAACUGAUUUCUCCCCCGAUGCUUAGCUUAAACUCAGCCCCCUCCAGCACCCAAACCCAACAUCUUCCCUCUUGUUGAGUGAGAGGAGCUAACAAAAAAUGUGUUGGUUAGCUUGCACUUGGAAAAUUUCAAACAUUUAUUCACCCAGCGUUGGCCUUUCCUGUCCCUCUCAGAUCUGAUGCUAAUUAAGCUGGUCUUAAAAACAUCAGUGACAUGAGUCAGGCUGAACGUUUCCCCCCGCACCAUCGUGUUUCUGCGUGUUGCGUUUUGCUGAGGCAGAGUUCAGUGUUGCUGC